CGUGACAUGAAACGCAAUGCGUGAUGUCACUGAUACACGAAGCACGCACGCCCACGCUGCUCAGUUUAUUGAAGAUAAACUUUAUCCCAAUUGAUCCCAAUCCUAAAUAAUGUGUCUACAGAAAGUAACGCGCUGUUAAAUUCAGCGAUGACUGCCAGCUGUUGUGUCUUCUGUAAGAGAACACGCGGUGGCUAGGUAUGCUAGCUAGAUCUAUCUCAGCGCUGGCACUGUGGAGACUGCAGCAGCCUUUGGAGAGGAGACAUUUUUGGAGAUUACGUCCAGGAAUUGCAGAGUGGGUGGAAAAUGGCUCUUGCUCCGGGGUCAGGUGUUUUCCACCAAAUCUGCUGGCUCGCAGCGCCUCAUCACACAGCCUUUACCCAGACCACAAGAACAGUCCCUCCAUCACACUCUAUCCUUCGCGGUCUUCUGGACUGCAGAGAGGAGCACUUCAAGGACCUCUUAUUCUUAACAAUCAAACACCACCUGUCUUAAUUAUGAGAUCCAAAGCAUGGAAUAUACACACGAGAUUGCAAUCAACCACAACAGCUACCAUGUCUGUGCUGAAACAAGGAGGCUUGCCUGGCAAAAGAACAUUAAAGGGACCAAGGACAAAACAGCCUUCCAGAGCCAAUCUUCCUGCUCCAGAAGAGGAUAUGAUGCAGUGUAUUGCCUAUGCAACUGCGGACCAGUACCAUCUACCUACCCUCUGCCAUGAUCUAAUGGCCAAUGGCUUUUUUGAAAUAAGAGACCUGCCCAGAGAUGCCUCUAAUGUCUUGGUGAUUGGAACAGAGAUGGCAGCAAAACCCACUGAUGGCGCUUUGAUGUUUUUUUUCAGGGAAGGCUCAGUGGUUUUCUGGAAUGUUGCAGAGACAGCUGUAAAGAAAGCAAUGAGAAUAUUGGAGCAGCAUGAGAUUCAGCCGUAUGAGGUGGCCUUGGUUCACUGGGAAAAUGAAGAGAUCAAUUACGCAGUAGGAGAGGGGAAUUCAAAGCUACAUCGAGGAAAUUUCAUAUUUAAUAGUGAGAUGGACUACGACCAAGUACUUCUAGAGAAAUUUGCAUUUUCCAAUGCUCUGUCUCUAUCAGUUAAGUUGGCUAUUUGGGAGGUCUCUCUGGAUAACUUUGUUGAAUCUAUUCAGUCAAUUCCUGAGACACUGAAAUCCGGAAAAACAGUUAAACUGUCCAGGGCAGAGGUCUUGCAAAAAAUAGGAGAGCUGUUUGCUCUAAGGUACUGCAUAAACCUCAGUUCUGAUCUGCUUAUCACACCUGAUUUCUACUGGGACAGAGAAGACCUGGAGCAGCUGUAUGACAAAACCUGUCAGUUUCUCAAUAUCAACCGUAGGGUCAAGGUUGUGAACGAGAAGCUGCAGCACUGCACUGAACUAACAGACCUUAUGAGGAAUCAUCUGGGUGAAAAGCACAGUCUGCGGCUGGAGUGGAUGAUUGUAAUUCUCAUCACUAUAGAGGUGAUGUUUGAACUAGCCCGGGUGAUUUUCUGAGGAGGUGGGAGAAGAUGCACGAGUUAUGAAGAAUGAUGACUACCUGUGAAACCAGCAAGGCAACAAAAAAAUUCCAAAUGGAAAAAGUCUGAGUAGAGUUGAUAUAUUGUGACUCAAUCUUUCAAAUCUCAGUAUUGUCAGAUGUUUAAAACGUUCCUGAAAGUGUAAUUUAAAUGAUGUUAUUUGUUUAAUAUAGUUGUAUAAUGUUAUGAGUCCUAAUUAGAUAAAUAAAGUGCACAGAUCUCAAAAAAGGUC